AUGCAGCAUCAGCAAGUCUGUCCUGACUGUGGAUCGUCUGGUACAGUCUUAUAUGUCGCCGAAAUCGGUCAAACAGUCUGCUCCAACUGCGCCACCGUCUCGCACGACCUUCAGAUCUACGAGCCCACAAAUGUACACGAAGUAGCGUAUGCAUUAGGUGCUCCACAGGCACAUCGAGCCUCUUCCUCAUAUCCUCUCCUACCAGCUGGCCCCGCUGGACGUUUUUGGUCCAACGAUCGCGAGCAUCACCGUCGCUUGAAUGAUCUGCAACGCAAGCCCGAAGUCGACGCUCGCAUCCAGGGCACUCUCAACACCCUUGGAUAUCCUGGUCUCUUUGAUCAAGUCGAAUUCUUGUUCAGGCGUGCCCGCGACGAGUCCUGGAGGAGGCCGGCACUGCCAUCGUCUGCCGUCGACGAGGCGCAUGUACAGGCCGACCCAUCUUUGGGAUCCCUCCCAGCCAGCUUUCUAGCUCCUCGGGUCAAAUGGGGAAAUGGCUCGCUGCUUCUCGCCACUGCCUGCUGCUACGCCGUCUUGAGACGUGAAGGCGCUUGCAUCGACCUCACCACCGUCGCAAACGCGGCGCAGCUGCCCCUUCCUAAAGUACGGACGGCUUUUCGGCGGCUACAUGUUUUGGUAAAAGGUGCGGUCCGAGACAUCAAACUUGCCAAUCCAGACACCUUCGUGCGUCGCAUCGUCGCAUUCUUCUACUUUCAUCUGGUCCACAGGAGCACAUCCGCUCUCGCCCCUGCCCUUGUCAAGUUCCUUAAGCCAUUCCAACAUGCUCUGCCAAGCGCAACCACCCUCACGGAUGUUGACACCGCGCGGUUUCUUCACAACACGCCAUUCGAGGCGGUCGAAAACACAGCGCUCGAUCUGUGCGCCUUCUGGUGGCCCACUCGGACCAGUUCUCCGUCCAGUUCGGCUCAGCUGGCCGCAUUUGCAAUUGUUGUCUUUGCUCUCGAGGCCCACACCAAGGCGCCGGCGCCCAUGCUCGAAAUCUUUCGCUAUACCCACGCUGCCCUUGAGUUUGACCUCGACCUCCUUCGGUCUUGCCUUGGCCGUGCACUCCCCAUUGGCACCGAGCUCAUCUUGAACAAGACUGCCGUCGACUACUAUAGAGAGCUGUGUGUGGCUUUGAAGGCGCAGGCCGCCAAGAUCCCCUGGCUUUCGGAGGUGGCGCCCAUCUCCAAGAAGUCCGCCUCCAAGAAGCGACAUGCCAAGCAGGCUCCAAAUGCGGUCACCACCGCCGACGCCAGCUGUGCCGCCUCAUUGGAACUGGCUCGCCUCGAUGUCAUUGUUCACGCUCUCGACAUCCUUGACGUGUGGCGCACCAUCCCUUCCAAGCACUCUGAUGUGCGGUGGUCCGGCUUCAGGCUUGAUUCACCGCCGGCCCCACCGUCGUCAGGGGAGGCAUUGGCAUGUCACGGAUCAGCUGACCGAGUCCCCUCCGGGGAUGAAGAUCCGGACGAGGCAAUGGGCAACGACGACUUGGACUGUUUUGUAUCCUCCUCGCCGCCCUCCAAUGCACUCGCAGAGGGCCAAGAGCCACCGGCAAGAACAUCACUUUCGGCUGCUGAUGAUGAGGUGUGGCCUCGCAUCCAACAUCGUCUUGAAGCUGUGGGGGCCCUCAAGCAAAAGAACGAACCCGACGAGCAUCCUAUUGACCUGUUGACCGAUGACCAGGUGGACGAAAUGCUUUUUGAAUCCGACGAGCUCGCAGCGCUCUUUCGUGUCGAUAAGGUGGAGCUCGCUGCUUUUGAACGAGCCAAGAUCGCUGCAGGGGAUUGGCCUAUCCAGGCAGAUCACCAACGCAACGCAGAGCUCGCUGAUUUGGCAAGAGGCCUCGAACAGAAGUCGGCGUCCAGUAGUCGCAAGGUCAAGAUUCCGCGUGACGAGCAGAUAUCGGCGGAUGCUGCGCCGGCCAAGGAAGCGAGGACGGACAAGCGUCGCAAAGCGCCGAGCCCGUCUCAGGCCCCGCCAUCGUCGCCGUCGUCAUCAUCCGCCGCUACGAGAAGGCAGUUGCUCUCGACCACACGGUCAAGCAAACGCCCACGAGCGGCAGCAGCCGGGGCAAGAGCAAAGGUCGCUCUCCGCGAACAACAAGAGGAAUCCGAUUGGAGUAAUUGA